CAGCCUCAAACACUCCCAUCAUCUCUAGUCUCAUUGACCCUCGCCUCCUAUGGCCGACCACAUAAUCAACUUGAAUCACUACUGAUACCCGGUUCACUCCCAUACUCAUUGGAGACGCUUGCACUUGAAGGUUCAAUCAUUGGGCGGCUGAAACCUGGAUUGCUCCCAUCAUCUCUCACAUCUCUCAAGCUUGACGAUCUACUUUCUCCACCGACAUUAGUGGAUCUACCUUCAUCGAUUACCUCACUCGAGUUCUUGAAUCAAUUCAACCUGAUGCUGGGAGUGGGUGAGCUGCCGCCAUCACUCCAGACGCUACGCUUUGGCUACGAUUACAAUCAACCAUUUGUACCUGGAGUGUUUCCACAAUCUCUUCGGUCAUUAUACUUUGCUGACGGACAUUUCAAUCAACCCUUUGAAAUUAACGUGCUUCCGCCACAGCUGACAUCUCUCUCCUUAAUGUCGAGAUGGAACCAAUCAAUCAUUCCUGGAUCAUGGCCCAACAGCUUGGCCACACUUCAAUUUGGCAAACAUUAUACCACGAUUGAGUUAGAUACACUCCCCUCAUCGCUAACAGUUCUGACAUACGAAGAUAAGAGCGACUGCUCUUUCUUUAAUUCCUUUGAUUUUAAUACAAAACGACUUAUCUUGUGGCCAUCUACACUCAAAACAAUGGUCGUAGGCAAUAUGUGGAGAUAUCACACAGAUCGACUGCCAAUAGCCAUUCCACCUAGUGUUACAUCAAUGUCAAUUCAACUCCAACACCAAGACCAUCUUACAUUACUUUCCCCGUCCUUGACGCAUCUCGACCUUGGACAUAUAUACAACAGUCCGAUCACACCUGGAUCUUUACCUUCAUCACUUGUCAACCUCAUCAUUGGAAAGUCUUUCAAUCAGGUGUUGCCAGUUGGAGUGCUACCGGCUACACUGGCCGACCUAUCACUUGGCGAUUCAUUCAACCAGGCAUUGACCACUGGAGUAUUGCCACCAUCACUCACAUCACUAAGUCUGGGACGCGAUUACAAACAAGGAUUGAAACAAACAUCUCUACCUGGAACACUAAGAAGCCUAUCUGUGGACUCGAGGGGCCAGACCAAGUACGCCACAUUACCAACUUCAUCAUUCAAGUCUGACCUCGAUUUGUUGGAGGUGAGGACUGGUUUCAUUUGGACAAACAUGGUUACAAAGAACAAGGCCAGUCCAAUCAAGCUUCUGCGAAUCAAACAAUAUAUGAAAUCAAAUACGAGGAGCCAAGCCAAUAUCAUCGGACCAAUGGUUGUGUCAUUCCCCAAUGUUCACACAUUCGACGUCACCUUCUACUUUAGACCCAGCAGUACAGAUCGUAUUUACGGCCGCCCUCCAAAGGACUCUCCCAGUGACGUAAUAUAUAGAAUGCAAGUUCGCCGUAUCUAUCAACAACUUGCCAUUGGCCUUAUAUAUAGUCUACGUAAUUGUAUCGAUGUUCCUAAAUAUUAUAUGAAAAUACUAGACUUGUCUCGAUACGAUGGUAGUCGUCCUAGUCCUUCUGUCAAGUCUCAUUCUACAUUACCCGAGCCAGUCAAUCAAACACCAGAGGAUGAAGUUAACAAUCAAUCAUUAAUU